AUGCAAUUUAAAACAAUUGUUGUUUCACUCGGUUUAUUUGCCCUGCACGCUAGCGCUACACGUUAUUGUCAGGUCGAACUACAUGCCGAUGGUGGAAUGGGAUGGAUAAAACUACAAGACGCAAUACUUGUUCGGCCUGGCAGGGCCGGCAAAUUUCUCACUGAUGAAUAUACGGUUAAUCUUAGAACGGAUUCCGCCUGCAACAUUAAAGGGAAAACGCUUGAAGGGAGAUUUGAUUACGAAGACUGGAAACUUACUAGUAUUAUGGUGGAUGUAUAA